UCAAUUUUAAUUAAAUUGUCUCUUGCUGUUGUUAAAAAUGUUAAAUUUUUUUAAAAUUGUUCCUUUUACAAACUACAUCAAACACAAGAAUAACAUAAUCGCGUACUGUAAUAAUGCUGCAUAUAUUGUUUUUUGCUAUAUAGAUGAAGUACAGAUAUGCUCAAAAGAUUGGGAAUGUAUUACUUUGAAGAUCAAAGAAGUAAAGCUUUGUUGUAUUCCUGAGGAUUCCGAUUGCCUUAUACUCCUUUGUCAGAAUUCAAUUACAAGCAAAAUAGCUCUUAACGUUUACAAUAUUUCAAAUCAAUUCAAACACAAAACUGCGAAUACAUUGUGUAAUACCAUUCUUGAGUGUAACUCUAAAGUAACUGCUUUAAGUGCAUUAAACACGUCGGACUCUCAACUAUGUUUAUCCAUUGGUCUUGAUAAUGGUAAUAUAUUAUUCUACAAUAACGUUAUUUACAAGGAUAUUUCUACUAAUGCGUUUAAAUGCUUGAAUGUGAACACAAAACCAAUUAAAGGUAUUAUGUUUUCAAAAAAUAAAAAGGAUAUCAAUAUGUUUGUUUGUUCUGAUGCUGGAGUAUUUUGUUACACUAUAUGCAAAAACUUUAUUCUAAGUGAAACCAAGUUCAUUUUGGACGAUAUGGCUUCCAUCGUACAUUGUAGUACGUUGAAGGCAUCAAUCGAAUUAGGUGGAGAACAAUAUUUUGUUGUAGCACGGGAUGAUGGUCUAUAUUGUUACACAGCAGACGGUAGAGGUCCUUGUUAUCCAAUAAAUGGUCAUAAACAGACUGUGGAAUGCUUUGGGAAAAGUUUAAUAAUUGUGCUGAAAACUAAUGGCUCUUUGUAUUUACAGGGAAGUACAUCUCAACUAAUAAUUGUCGACAUUGAUAACAAGAUAAUUGUGUUAAACAAAGAGUUUGAUGAAGUUUUGUGUGUUUUACCUAGAACAUGUUGGUCUGGUUGUUUAAUCUUAUUAAAAAAUGGAGACGUUUUUACUUUAAAAGAACAUGAAUUGCGAUUUAAAUUAUCUCUAUUAAUUAAGAAAAAUUUAUACGAUAUUGCUCUAAAAUUUUUGCAAGAAUCAACACCUAGCACCGAUAUUAUGUCAGAAGUAUUAGUUCAUUAUGGGGACUAUUUGUUACAGCGUGGAGAUACAUUAGAAGCCGUUAAGGUUUAUUCUAAAACCAUUGGAACAACAUCACCUUUUUCAAUAAUUAACAAAUUAAUGGAUUUUCGUUAUAAUGAACACCUUAUACAAUAUUUAUCUAAUUUAGUUCAGACAGAAUAUAAAAUGGCGGAACAUGUUGAGCUACUUAAUAACUGUUUUCAACGCAUUGAGUUACCAGCAAGUGCAAUUCGUAUAUUCGAAAUUGAAGUGAGCAAAUACCAUGAAUUAUACGCCGAAAAUGCAACUAUAAAUAAAGGCGAAAAAAUAAAAAUGAUUUUAAAAUCUUUACUGCAGAAACAAAACGUUCCAGUUAAUGUUUUUAAUGAAUUAAAAAAUUCAGAAGUUUUAAAUUUUUUUUCAGAAUAUGGAUACUGUUUAAUUAAAAAAUAUCCAAAUGAAUUAAAAGAAUUGAUAAAUUAUUUAUUAUCAAAUCGCUUUUUGAAAAAUCAUAUAUUUCAUAAUAUAAUACUCUCAUUAUCACUUACGAAUAAAUUGUGCGCCAUUGAUUUUAUAAAUAAAAUAUUUAAGGAUUGCGGGCAGAACUCUAUAUAUAAUAUUUGGACCGAAUUGAUAUUGCAAAUGUGGCAUAAAGGACACAUUGAUAUAAAUUUUGUGAUAGAAUUUUUUAAAAUACAUGAAUCAGAAAUAUGCUUUGAUAAUGUUUUUAUAUUAUGCCGAAAUUACAAGUUUUGGCCGGGUAUCAGAUUGAUGUAUGAUAAAUGUAGUAUGGAAAUACUAAGCACAAGUUGUUUAGUAAAUAGCUUUGAUAUGUUUCCUGGAUACAUGAAUACAUUUUCCAUUGAAUAUAGUGGUCAAAAAUUGAACUAUAUGUGGAUUCGAACUAUACAAAAGGAGAAAUUGGCAACAAACUAUUCCUUAAAAUUUGUCAGCGAUAUAGUUAGAAAUAUAAUUAAUGCAAAUCCAUACUAUAUUAUAAACAUACUUUAUAGUUUUGUAAUCAGCAACGAUUUUCUGCUAUCACAUUUAAAUGAAAUUCUUUUACAUGAAAACUUUUUCACACAUUUUAAAUGCGACGAGCUCUACAGCAUUGUAUUACUUUUGAAAGAGCGAGUUGGGCACAUGGAAGAUAUUUUACAUAAAUAUUUAAACCGGCCUAUAGAAUUUCGUAACAGAUCAUGUGAUAUUUGUAAACAAAUGAUAAAGCAACCAGCAGUAUAUUUCUUAUGUCAACACUCUUAUCAUAGAGAAUGUAUCAGACAAUAUAGUGAAGUUUUGGUGUGCAUUGUAUGUACAGAUAUUCAAAUGUUCAAAUUAAAAAUUAACGAUGCAAAUCAGAUAAAUAACCCUCCGGGUAUCUGUAAUAAAAUUAAAAAUACCUUAUUGAUGGACAUUUCCAAAAAAAUGGGACAAUUGCCUUUAAAAUCAGCUGAUAAAGAAUUAAAUACAAAAGACAUGCAGAAAAAUGCAUUGGAAUAUGAUUUAAAAUCGGACAAAAAUCCGUUUAGUGAAUAUGACGCUAAUUUAAAUCCAUUUAAUAAUUAAUAAUUGUAACUUAAAUAUCUAUUUUCUUUAGCGAUUACAGCUAAAUAUUUUAUGUAUAUUAUGCAUUGUAUUUAUAAAUAGUUUAGAAUAUAAAAUAAUAUAAUAAUAAAUAUGAAUUCGUCAUUGCGCUAUUAAAA